ACUCACUCACGCUCUCCCUCAACCUCUCGACUCUUUCUCUCUUCCUCUCCAAGACCCAUUUUCUUCUUCUUCUGAUUAUUUUCCCUAAGGUUGCAGCACUACCUGCACCUUCUUCUCCUCCUGAUGACAACCACCACCGCCUGGUCACUCUCCUUCCAGAGGCUACACCAUCACCACCGUUCCUGUCCUGAUCUUUCUCUUCUUCUCCUUCCAUGUGCAAACAACCAUGGCAUCACCCAAGCUAGCCACCACCCAGUGGCGGAGCUUGACAACAAACUUUAGAGGGGCUAAACCAAACCAAAAUUUCAAUCCAUGUGCUAGACUAAAAACAAAGUACACAAUUAAUAUGUGAUAUUUCAAUCCACUUUACAAAUUUCUUCCCCAUUGAAUCAGUCAUUGAAUCAAUUUACGUAUUGAUUCAAAGUUAAAACAGUUGAAUCAGAGUUGAGCCGCUGUGAAACUCAUAAUUAUUACAUAUUCUUUCUGAUCCUUAAUAUCUAUCACUUUAAAAUUUGAGCACAUGUAUUAACGAAUUGUUUCUAUCAAAAUUGUUAUCUAACUUCCUAAUAUAUUUUUUCUCUCUUCUUAAUUUUUUCAAUUUUUCUAUAACAUUAAAUGAUACAAUUAGUAAAAUAUAGUACUACUAAUUGAACCAAUCUUCUCUCUCCAUUUAUUCAUUUCUCUCACAUAAUACUAAUUAAAGAGUUUUCUCUCUCCAUCUUUUCCCCUCACUCCUGUUUCGUUCCCGUCUUCUGGUUCAGGUCCAACAAUGGCAUUAUGGCAAGUUUUGAUUUUUAUUUACUCUCAUAUAUCUCCCUUAAAGUUUCAAUUUUUAUUCACUUUUCCUUCUUCAUUUGAUUGCAUACCCAUCUCAUUCUGGUGUGCACACCUCCAAAACAGAUUUGACAUUUGGAUAAAAAAAAUUACGAAAAGUUGCAGAAAUUUUAGGAGGGCUGAGAACCUCCUAUGUCCCCAAGAAGAUCCGCCACUGCCACCACCGCCAGCAGCCACGGUGACGCCGCCACCUCCUUCAGUCCCGCGAGCACCAUCAUCACCAACAUGAUGAGAAACAACAGAGAACAGAGGAGAAAAAUGAAACCCUAGCCGCACCUUCAAAGCCCGAUCUCCGGCGAACCACUGAGUUUUUGGAAAAACCAACCACGCCAUGGAACUCCCCUCGCCGUGCGCUGCAAAACCCCUAAAGAAAUUUCCAAUUCCGACCACCUUCGCCGGAAACCGCCGCCAGCCACCGUGACCACCGUCUUCUCCGGCCAACCUUCGCCGGAGAUGUCACUGAACUCAGAACCAGGAAGCUCUCCUCCUCCUCUUGCUGAAUUGAUUAUCAAUUUUGGAACUUGAUGGUCCUCAGAGGAAGGCAGAAGCUGUUGUUAGAGAGGAUGAAGAAGCAAUACAGAACCUUAGCCAUGAGGCUUAAGGAGAAGAUGUGGAAUCAAUGAGCAAAUCAAGGGAGAGAGCCAAGAAUCUCGAAGUCUGGAGCAAUCUGGAUUUCUUUGCGCUAGUUCUGCACCAAUCUCCUGUUGCAUUUCGCGCAGACGCGCCAAGGAAGUAGCUGCUGGAAAAUUCUGCGCCAGUCUUGAGCGAGUUCCUUCACGAAGUUCGCGCAUUUGCGCGAAAUAUCUGUCAAACUCUAUUUAAGUGCGUUUUAAACCUAAUUUAGAUACUUUUUCACGUUAGAACUUGGAGAGCUGCGUUUUUUUGUUUUUGCUUAAAGCUUACUUGGUUCUUUGUCAAGAUUUUGAGGUUUGGCUUGAAUUUUUAUUUGUUUCCAUGACUAUGUCAGGCUAAACUCCCUUUGUGUUAGGGUGAUUGAUCUAGUUUUCCUUUAAACUAUGUUUUGAUCCAAGUUUCAGUUAUGAUUAUGAUUCCUAUUUUAGUUCUUGAAUUUUUCCUCUAUUUUAAUUGAUACUUUCUAUUGCAAUAGUUUGUCACACUAUUUUCUAUGCAAUUGGAAAAUUGGUAGAAUUUAGGGAUUUGGGGAGGAAUUGAGCAAGGGUCUUUACACCUUAGGGAUAAGGGUAACAAAUUGCUUGUGUUUGCCUGAUCUAAAUUGAACUUUUAUCUCUGAUUAAUUAGGAUUAGGUACUAAGGAAUUAGCUAUCACUAAUUAAUUGGAAGGGACACUUAUGCAAGGAAUUGAUAAGUGGACAAUUAAGCUUAGCACCUUGAAACUUAAUUUGAUACAUAAUUAUAACUGAUUGGGGAGAUACAUAGGGAGAAGGUUAAUGAAAUCAGGAUCCCUAGCACGCUUUUAAAUUGAAUUCAUUUCAACAGUGUUAUUUGCUUUCUUUAAUUUUAUUGCAGUUAAGUUACUUACGAAAAAUCAAUCAUCUCUUUAUUUGUAUUUUUAUUUUUACGUCCUAUCAUUCUAAGUUUAGUUAAUUUAGAGUAUAAACUACGCAAUCCUUGUGGUUCGAUCUUUUUAUUACUUCGAGCAAUCUGUACACUUGCAGAUUCGCUAUCAAGUUUUUGGCGCCGUUGCCGGGGAUUGUGUUUAGUUUAUUCUCUAAUUUUUCUGAAUCUAUUUGUUAGGAUUUUUACUUUAAUUCUCUUGUGCGGGUAUUACUAACUUCUGUUUGUUAGUGCAUGCGAGGUACAAUCAGUCUUGAAUCUUUGUUGUUUGAUCCAGAAAUUGAAAGAACUUAUCGAUCUAAUCGUGCACAACAGAGGAAGAAGAAGGGCCAAGCCAAAGCUACCGCUGCAAUGGAAGAAACACAAGCUGAAGCAAGAAAUCGAGCUGAGUAUGAAGCGAGAGUGGAAGCUGAAGUUGAAGCUCGGAUUCUUCGCCAGAAAGAAGAAGAACUUGUACGUGAUGCUCAGAGACCAUUGAGGGAAAUCACUGCCCCUCGUAUGAGCUAUACAUAUGAGGGCAGCGUUGUCCUUCCAGCAGACAUACCAGACAACUUUCAGAUUCCACAUCAUUAUAUUCAGUUGGUGAGCCAGCAUCAGUUUGGAGGUAAAGCUACUGAGGAUCCGCAUGCUCACAUGGACAGAUUCACCAGACAUUGUGAGUCUCUGAAAAGGCGUGAAGUCAGCUUGGAUACAGUCCGGAUGAUUCUUUUUCACUACACUUUGAAGGAUGUUGCAGAAGAUUGGUUGAGGUCACAACCCCCUAAUAGCAUUCGAACAUGGGAGGACUUGGCGGAAAAAUUUAUCACCAAAUUCUUUCCAUCCACACGCAUCAGAAAGGCGAAGCAAGAAAUUUAUGCAUUCAAACAAAACAAAUCUGAAAAUUUGUAUGAGGCUUGGGAGCGGUUCCAAGAACUUCUGAGGAAGUGUCCAGGUCAUAAUAUUUCUACUGGUGAACAAGUGGACAAAUUUUACUCGUCAUUGCUUGAGUAUGCGAGAGGGAUGUUGGACGCAGCAGCCAAUAGUGCAUUUGAUUCAUUGCCUGCACACAGAGCUCUUGAGAUCAUUGACAAUUUGGCCACUAGAUCUUCACUAUCAGAUUAUGAUAGAGAGAACCGAGAAAGUGUGCAUGAAGUUGGAACAAAUGAUGAUGUUCUCGCCUCCAACAGGAAGUUGUCACAAAAGAUGGAUGCAAUAGUACAAUGUUUAGAUGGUCGCAAACUGAGUUCUGAAGAUGCUGCAUUUGAUGAGGAAGUGAAGGCUAUGGGUAAUCCUCAAAACAACCCUUACUCAAAUACUUAUAAUCCGGGUUGGAGAAAUCACCCUAACUUUUCAUGGAGAGAUCAAGACAAGUCUGGAAAUUCAAGGGAGUACUGUAAUCAAAGGACUUAUGGUCAAGAUCAGAAACCUCAACCCUAUCAAGAGCAAGGAAAUGGGAAGAAGAGCCUAGAAGAAAUUGUGGGAGAACUGGCCCAAGCUACUAGCAAGCUUCAAGUAUCCACAAAUAGCUUCAUUAAUGAAUCCAGAAAUAACUUCAAAAAUCAGGAGGCUUCAAUCAAAAAUUUGGAGAAUCAGGUCGGUCAAAUUUCCAAACAAUUAUCUGAGAUAUCUCCAGGUAUGUUUCCUAGUAACACUGUGCCUAAUCCUAGGGAGAAUAUUUCUGCUGUUACUCUAAGAAGUGGAAAAGUUAUGCAUGAAAUUGAAAAGAAAAAAAAUAAUGAAAAGAAUAAGAGUGAGACUGGGAAUAAAAGUGAAUCUGAAGUGAUAAGUAAGGAAAAAGAACAGAGUGAAGAUAGGAUAGUGAAAGAGAGAAAAGUAGAUUUAGAAAGUAAUAAGUUUACAAAAGUUCAUUUUCCCCCUUUCCCCACUAACAUAGCAAAGAGGAGGUUGGAGAAGCAAUUCUCCAAGUUCGUUUCUAUGUUUAAAAAGUUGCGUGUAGACCUCCCAUUCUCUGAAGUUUUAGAAAAGAUGCCUCAAUAUGCCAAGUUCAUGAAGGAGAUACUUUCUAAGAAAAGGAAGUUGGGUGAAGAGAAUGACAUCGUUCAGCUUACUGAGGAGUGUAGCGUUAUUCUGCAAAAGAAGCUUCCACCUAAACGAAGGGACCCAGGUAGUUUCACUCUACCUGUUAAUUUUGGGGCUUCAAAGGAAGUGAGAGCUUUAUGUGAUUUGGGGGCAAGCGUCAACUUAAUGCCCCUAUCAAUGUUCGAGCGACUUAAUGUUGGAGAGCUGAAGCCAACAAUGAUGAUGCUUCAACUAGCAAACCGCUCCAUGGUGACUCCUUGGGGAGUUGUUGAAGAUGUGCUAGUGAGAAUAGGAGAGUUUGAGUUCCCGGUGGAUUUUGUGAUAAUUGAUAUGGACGAGGACUCUAAAAUACCAUUGAUUCUGGGAAGACCGUUCCUAGCCACUUCACAAGCGAAAAUAAAUGUGGGAAAAGGAACAAUAUCUUUAAGGGUAGCUGAUGAGAAAAUCACUUUCACCAUAUUUGACCUGAAGCCAAAGCAAAUUGAGAAGAAUGAUGCAUUCUUGGUAGAGAUGAUGGACGAGUGGAGUGAUUAGAAGUUGAAGCAGUUCUUCCUUAAAGAAAAAGCUGGAGCAUCAAAUAAGAAGAAAAAGAAAAACACGCAGAGCGACCAAACUGAGAAAGUCUACUCAAUGAGCAUGGUUGUCAACUCAGAGCAGAAGGAGGAGAACCUGGGAAAUCAAGCUGAACCAGUUCAUCUUGAAAGCGUUGUGGCUAACAUGGAGCGGAAAAAGGAGAAAGCCAAAGGAGAGUCCUUCAUAUGGAAGCCAAAACAUAAGAAAGAUGAGAAACCUCCUAUCCCUUUUAACUCCAAAUUGAAUAACUGUGUUCACGCUUUUGAGAUUGCUUGCAAGAACAUGGUGAAAAUGUGUGUUGAGUUUAAGGAACCUGGAAGUGCAAUGCACUAUGGGGUAAACCCCUGAUAGAAUUCUUAGUCCGGUGAAGUCUAACAAAGACUAUAAAAUUGUGCUUCUUGGGAGACAACCCAAGCGGUAGUUUUAGUUUUAAUUUCAUUUUCGUUUUGCUUUCUUAAUUUUAAUAAUUUUUCUUUUUUUUUAUUUCCGGUUUCGUAGUGUUAGUUUUGAAAAAAAAAAUGAUAGAAAACGUUUCUGGAAUUUCCUGCGCGGAUUCUGCGCGGUUCCCAGGUAUAAGUUCGCGCAAAUGCGCAACAGGAAACCAUUCUGGAAUUUUUUGCGCGAGAAUCUCCUCCCUUUUCGUGCAAAUGCACGGCCAUACGUGGUUCUGGAAAAUUUUGCGCGAGUUUUGCCUGGGCUACUGUGUUAAAUAUGGCGCAAUUACGCCAAAAGUUUUUUUUUUUAUGUUAUUUUAAAAAAAAAAAUCAAAAACAAAAAAAGAUAUAUGCUUUUUAGUUUGAGUCUUUAUUUUCUGUUGAGUCUUAGUAUUCUCAUGAGUUAUUUGAGUUAUAAUUGUGGUAGUUUAAUUGUGUGUUCAUUUUUACAAGGACUAAGUGAUUUACAUGAUCAGAAUUGAGCUGGAGGGUCCAGCUGACAGAGUCCUGGUGCUAUCACUGUUUGCACCCAAUCUGAGUACAGGGAGUUUUACUGAACCACUCAUCUCUCAUUUAAUUUCAUGAUCAUGCAUUUAGCAUUUAGUUAUUUAGAUUGCACACACUAGUAUGCACAUGCAUUGGAUUCUUGGUAUUCACACUUUUAUGCUUGAAUAAUACUUGUUGUUGUUUUUAAUAUCUGUUCUGGGUUUAAUGCUAGUUGUUAUAAUAAAAAGUGUUUGAUGCAUGAGUGUGAGUGAAACUUGUGGAACAUGUGGAGAGUGAGGUAAUAGAGACUUGAGUGAGUUUUGGGAAAGUGCAGUAAGGUUAUUAAGAUUCCAGGUUAGUGGGGAUAAUGCAUAAAAUAUGUAGUUUUCCUUUUAAUCUUUAUAUUGAGUCUACACUCUUUUUGGCUGUGAGGUUACAAAAGAGGCACACAUGUGAAAGUAAAUCUAAAGUGCUAAAAAUGAAAAAAAUAGGGAAAGAAUGUGAGUAAGAGAAUGGGAAGUAUUUGCACCACUGAGCAUACCCUCAAUCAUACUCUGACCAUGUUAAAUAAAAGAAAAGAAUUUCGCCCUAAGUUGGAAAUAACUGUGAAGGGUUGGGAAAAAGCUAAACUGAAAAAGAAAGGAAACAUGUGUGUGCUCAGAAUAAAAUAAAAUUGUUGGCCAUCAUUAGUGCAUUCUCAAUAUGGGGUUGGGGAAAUAGGAAUAAAAUGUGAAAACCCCACAUCUUGGUAUUUUCUAUAAUUCUUGUUUGCACUUACUGAAAGUUACUUAGUUUUUUUAAGCUUGAUUCUCUGCAUGAACUAUUUUGAGGAACUCAUCUCAUGCAUCUUUUGUGAAAAUAUGUAUAAUAGCAUCUUACUUUGAAAUGUUUUAUUGAGCUUGAGGACAAGCAACCUUAAGUUUACGCUUGAGGACAAGCUGUCGUUGAGUAUAGGGGUGUGAUGACCCGGGAUUUAAGGCUAUUUUCCUGGUUUAUUUGCAUGUAGUUUAAUAUAGUUUUUAGGAUAUUUCGAUCAUUUUAGGACACUUUAGGCUUAGUUCAUGCAUUUUAAUGUUUUCAUUUAGUUUUAGUAUUUUUCUAUAUUUUUUAUGUUAUUUUUAUAGAUUUCAUUAGGAUUUAAUCAAGUUAUUUGAAUUCGGUAUCUUACUCUAUCUUCUAGUUAAUCUCUAUUAUUGGUUUUUAAUUAUGUUCCUUUAUUAUUAUUGUUAUUUUAGGAGAAGAUGUGGAAUCAAUGAGCAAAAAGGGAGACAGCCAAGAAUCUCGAAGUCUGGAGCAAUCUGGAUUUCUUUGCGCCAGUUCUGCACCAAUCUCCUGUUGCAUUUCGCGCAGACGCGCCAAGGAAGUAGCUGCUGGAAAAUUCUGCGCCAGUCUUGAGCGAGUUCCUUCACGAAGUUCGCGCAUUUGCGCGAAAUAUCUGUCAAACUCUAUUUAAGUGCGUUUUAAACCUAAUUUAGAUACUUUUUCACGUUAGAACUUGGAGAGCUGCGUUUUUGGAUUUUUGCUUAAAGCUUACUUGGUUCUUUGUCAAGAUUUUGAGGUUUGGCUUGAAUUUUUAUUUGUUUCCAUGACUAUGUCAGGCUAAACUCCCUUUGUGUUAGGGUGAUUGAUCUAGUUUUCCUUUAAACUAUGUUUUGAUCCAAGUUUCAGUUA